CGCUGCUUUCAAACAGCACCACUAGACACUAGACCAGAUUCGCAGAUCACAGUAGACAGGCAAACAGAUUCGUCGGAAAAAAGUUCACAAGUGAGUCACUUCUGCCGAAAAUACGGCUGCAUGCUGAUCAUUGCCGACAUCUGCACCUUCGAAUCAUCCGUUCGUCGUACUUGCUGACAAGGGCCUUAAUCGGGCCGAGCAUGCCUUGUUGACGUCCAGCCUCCGAGUUUCAAGUUUGUUUUGCAGCUGAAAGCGGACUCCAAUCCAAGGCACCAUCCAAACAUGUCCGGUGGUCGCAACAAGGGCCGAUUCAAGUUCGUUCUCAAUCCAGAACCGGCGCCAAUUGUGACGCCCCCUCGGAAUCUGGACCAAAAAACAAACAUGAUUCUGGGUGGACAAGAGUACACAGUGGACGCCGCAGACUUAGAGCGCAUCUGCGAGUUGGGCCGAGGUGCUUACGGCACCGUAGAGAAGCGCCGACACAUCCAGUCCGGCACCGUUUUGGCUGUCAAAUUGAUAACAGCAACGGUGAAUUCACAAGAACAGAAGCGCCUUAUCAUGGACUUGGACGUGUCGAUGCGCGCCUCGGACUGUCCGUACACGGUGCAGUUUUUUGGUGCCCUCUUCCGAGAAGGUGACGUCUGGAUCUGCAUGGAAGUUAUGGACACAAGUCUUGACAAAUUUUACGCCAAGGUUUCCAAACAUGGACACUCAAUCCCUGAAGAAAUCCUAGGCAAAAUUGCAGUCGCGGUGCUGCAAGCGUUGCAUUACCUGCACUCACAGUUAAAAGUGAUACAUCGGGACGUCAAGCCGUCCAACAUUCUCAUCAACCGCCAAGGAGAAGUCAAAAUUUGUGAUUUUGGCAUUUCUGGAUACCUUGUAGACUCAAUUGCAAAGACUGUUGACGCUGGAUGCAAACCGUACAUGGCGCCGGAGCGAAUUGACCCUAGCGGCAAUCCGUCACAGUAUGACAUCCGGUCAGACGUGUGGAGCCUCGGCAUCUCGAUGGUCGAGUUGGCGACGAGCAAGUUUCCCUACAACUCAUGGGGCACACCUUUCGACCAGCUCAAGCAAGUGGUGCAGGACCCCGCCCCCAGACUUCCCCCCAACAGAUUCAGCCCUGAGUUUGAAGAUUUCAUCACCCAGUGCCUGCAGAAAAACUACUCCCAACGGCCAAACUAUGAACAGCUGCUGCAGCACCCGUUCAUCACAAUUCAUCAAAACAAAGACACUGAUGUGGCCUCUUUUGUGUCAGAAAUUCUCAACUUACCCGACUAAGACCAGUAUUCAGUCACAGCCAAAAGUGUUGUUUCUUAAAUUUAAUUUCCAUUAUUUCACAUACACACACAGCACGCAGUUUUGCUAGUCGAGUAUGAAAUUACUACUAAUGAACUCUGCUAUAUAUAUUUUACUUUUUGAGUACAAUUUUGAGAAGCUGCGGAACUUCCAUUGUUUGCCAUAUUUUCAGUUUGAUAAAUUGGAUUUUUUUCACGCCAGAUUUUGUAUGAUUGUGAAAAUUUUUGAUUUUUGUUUCGGAAGCAGAGCGAGUUUAGUGACUUAGCCUAUUGCUUUGUAUUUAAAGCAUCGCAAAACAGAUUAAACCCCCUGAACACCUGGAUAAUUGAGCGCAUCUAAUCCUGGUAGGAUCAAAUGACGAUAUAAGUCAAUUUUAAUUUGGCGUUGGAGAUACUUAAAAUUAUUGCUCACUUAACAAACUAUCACAUUAAUUUUAAGCUAACCAUUCAAUUGGUGCGCACUAAUGAAUACUAAAUUUAAAGUAAGCGCUGUCAAAUCAAACGUUGCGAGUGUUGCAACAAAAAAAUGCAUUUUUACAUGUGUUGCGAUUGAAAAUAUUAAGUGCUAUAAUAAAGAAGGUAUCUAGUUAAAAAGAUACAGAAAAUCCAAAACUUGUGUGAUGACUUCAUAAAUUCAUGUUAAAAUCAUCUGUUUCAAAUGGAUAAUUUUGUAAUUUUUUUUUUAUAACUUAACAUGGAAAUUAAAUUGAAUGGGGCAAGAAUUUUAAUUUUUUUUCACUUACGUGUUAUCAACACAUUUGGAUAGUGUGCAUUAAUUUAUUUCUAGGACACAGUCGCCCCUUGAUAGUCUUGUUGAAAAUGAGCUUCAGUGGUCAUGUACUAGUCCAGUUCACUUGCAAUGGAGUUAGGCAACUUCUUGACAGAAAUGUCCAGCGGGUGGCAUACCUAACAGGUUUUAAU